AUGGCUUCCUGUGGGGUCCAGCCAGGAUCCACCCAGAGUAAUAAUACAGCCUUUCAUGGAUUUGAAGAUCCAGGAUUUCUCCCCAUUUUCUACAUUGGGGGUAUUCUAACCCCUAAUGGCAAUUGUGCUGUAAAUAACGACAGUCAUGGGGACAUCAUCGUGCAGGCGCCCACCCAGGUGCCCGGCUUCUUGGGCGACUCCGUGACGCUGCCCUGCUACCUACAGGUGCCCGACAUGGAGGUGACGCACGUGUCACAGCUGACUUGGUCGCGGCAUGGUGAAUCCGGCAGCAUGGCCGUCUUCCACCAAACGCAGGGCCCCAACUAUUCGGAGCCCAAACGGCUGGAAUUCGUGGCCGCCAGACUGGGUACAGAGCUGCGGGAUGCCUCACUGAGGAUGUUCGGGUUGCGCGUCGAGGAUGAAGGCAACUACACCUGCCUGUUCGUCACGUUCCCACAGGGCAGCAGGAGCGUGGAUAUCUGGCUCCGAGUGCUUGCUCGCCUGGGCCAUAAACAGCACUGUCCCUAUUGCCUACACCAGUUUACUCGGGCCAUAGUCAAUGCUGACAGCACUAUCCCCAUUGUCUACACCAGCUAUUUCGGCCAUCAGCUGUGGGGUGUUUUCACGGCACUCUCUAAAGUGCCCCUCGACACUGUCUACACUGACUCCCUGGAGAACUGUCUGCAUUCACCUCCCACAUUGUAUCGACCAGUUCCCCUGAGCCAGGAUCGACCAUCUCUGCCAGCCCCUGACAGCAUCUGUGCUGGUUCUCCUGCACAGCGUUACCUCCAGCAGCUCCCUCACGGCGUCAUCAACAUUGACACCCACACAUUUAUCUCCACUGACAGCCCCAGGGACUCUCUAACCAUCUCUGGCUAUGAUAACAACUGGUACCUCAGCCAGAAUGAGGCCACCCUGACCUGCGACGCUCGCAGCAACCCAGAGCCCACAGGCUACAACUGGAGCACGUGA